AUGGUGUACGGAGUCGUACUUUCCGAUGAUUCUGAAGUGUUGAUUAGUGCGAUCCAGUUGGUUUUUCAGGUAAUUUGUUCAGAAGCACACGUUUCUUUCUCGGCUUUCGCCAACUUUCAACUGAUUAUGUCGACUUCUCACACUUCUUGUGAGGCCCUCAACUAUUUUUGUCUCUACGAUCAUUUCUUGAAUUACUGUAGCGCUUGGAACUUUGGAAAACACGGUGUUUGCAGUAUACAGAAUGUCCGAAAUGGUAUCCGUACAUAGAACUCGACUACUGCGUCAACACGCUCACCGCCUUUUUCUCCUUCAACUAUCGUCCGUUCUACUACGUUGCUCACCCACUCCGCGACUACAUUUGCAUUCCGAUUUGUGGAAACAGCGGACAAAACUACACUAUCACAUAG